AUCUACCAGAGGAGGCAGAACAGCAUGACUGCCUACAAAUCCUCGCAGAAGUACAUGGAACCAGGCCGGACCUAUCGGACCAGCCUCUUCAGAAUGCUGACCACACAUGGUACACGGAUGGCAAUAGCUUCUUGGCAAAGGGAGAGCGAAAGGCUGGAGCUGCGGUCACUACGGAGGACAAAGUGAUUUGGGCGAAAGCCCUGCCUGCUGGUACCUCCGCACAACGGGCUGAACUCAUCGCCUUGACUCAGGCGCUCAAGAUGGCAAAAGCGAUACAAAAGGUGACUGAGAGUUGCAAAGCGUGCGCUCAGGUUAACCCGGGAAGGACCAUGAUUGGACAAGGAGUUCGUCCUAGGGAACACCGUCCUGGCAUCCAUUGGGAAAUUGAUUUUACUGAAAUUAAACCAGGUAUGUAUGGAUACAAGUAUCUCCUAGUGUUUGUAGACACCUUCUCAGGAUGGGUCGAAGCCUUCCCCACAAAGCACGAGACUGCAAAAAUGGUCACCAUGAAGCUCCUCGAGGAAAUCUUUCCCAGGUAUGGCAUGCCUCAAGCGUUGUGGUUGGACAACGGGCCUGCUUUCGUCUCCCAAGGCAGCAUAAAUGUCCAGAUGGGUCCCAACUUAGCUGAUAACUUUAUUAAUCUUCCCAAGAGUAUGAAAUGUGAUAUUCCUGGCAUCAAUGUGUUUAUUUUGGCUUCUCUCCAGAGGGAAUUUAUUGAGUAA